AUGUUAGCAAAUUCUGUUAUAACAAAUUAUAUUCUGUUAGAAGGAAAGCACUAUAAAUAUAGUAGCAUUACGUAUCAGAAUACUGUUCCAUUGGUACCAGUGUCUCCCAACGGUGCCCCUACACCCGCCACCGCAAAAGCUCCUACAAUUGACAUUGCUCAAAUCCUGAGUAAAGCCAAAAGAUUUUCUGUUCUGAUUCGGCUUCUGAAGACGACCCAGUUGAUCAACCAACUCAACUCUCAACUCCUCACAUCAGGUUUCGGGGGAUUGACCAUUUUCUCCCCACCUGAUUCUGCCUUCUCGAAGCUAAAAGCAGGCUUCCUAAACUCACUCAACGACAAGCAAAAGGUGGAACUUUUACAAUUCCACACUCUUUCUUCCUUCGUCUCAAUCUCCAACUUCGACACUCUCACCAACCCGGUUCAGACCCAAGCCGGUGACGAUGCUCAAAGGCUGCAACUUAACGUCACCACUUACGGAGGAAACCAAGUGAGCAUGGCCACGGGUGUCGUUAACGCCACUAUUACCAGCACUGUUUACUUGGACAACAAGCUUGCCAUUUAUGAGGUGGACAAGGUGCUUCUUCCACUUGACGUCGUUCUUCCUAAGCCAAAGGCUCCAGCACCUUCACCGUUUAAAGGAGAAUCACCUAAAACGAAGUCAUAUACAGAAGAAAGUGGUGAUGGUAACAAAAAUAGUGAUGAUGAUGGUGCUGUUACGGUAAACGCUUCUGCUGGUUCCGUGAAUUUGAUCAACAACGUAAAUUUAAUGUUUGUUGUGGGGCUCGUUUUGAUGGGUGGAGCCAUGCUGUGAGAUAAAUUGUUGAUAACAAAAGGAAGGGUCCAAUGAUUUUGUUUGCUUUAGUUCGUGAGUUGGAUGGGAUUCAAAUAUCUUUGUCGUGCUAGUUUUUUGUAUCACCGAAUUUCCGAGUCUGAAAGGUGUGUAGUAUAUGUAUGCCAUUUUGGGUCAAUAUUUAUGUAUUAGUGAUUUUUCUUUC